UGGUUCACCUUUCUUUGUCCUUUCUGCAUAUAAGUUUCCAAAUUCUAAACCAGACCCUCUCUAGGUUUUACCAUUAUAAGACCUUGUUGUAACUGUACAACUGAACAUCAUUUCCAUACAUAGCAGAUAUCAUUAAAUUCCUUGUCACUAGUAUUUGUUUUUAUCUUCCUCCUAUCAAACCACCCAAUUUUAUAACCACCGAGGGGAAGAAGAGUCUCACAUCAUCUCCUCAUCCCAUGGAGCCACACAAAGCAGAGCCAUGCCUCUCUGAGAGCUCAAGCAUCAUUUCAGUAUCAGAGGCUCAACUAAGUAUAGAUGGCUCAGAUAAUAAGAAGCAGAAAGAGGAGAGGCAGCACCACUCAGAAGGAGAAGAUAACCUGCGAGAGGAGACUAGCCUUGAUCUCUUGUUGGAUCUUAGCCUCUCUCAUAAGGAUUCGAGUCAUGGGUCCAAGUCUGAACUCAAUCUUAUCGAUUGUUUGAACGUGGGUGCACCGGAGACUUUGCCGGGAAUUCCUCAGCGCACCGACGCCGAGCCCCGAGUCUUCUCCUGCAACUACUGCCAGAGGAAAUUCUAUAGCUCUCAAGCACUCGGUGGCCACCAGAACGCUCACAAGCGAGAGCGAACUCUUGCCAAACGAGGACACCGGAUGGGAGUGGCUGCAGCGGCCUUCGGCCAUUCCCAGACACCCUUCCACCGCUUCUCGAGCUUGGCCUCUCUGCCUCUCCAUGGUUCUCUCAAUAGGUCGCUUGGAAUUCAGGUGCACUCUAUGAUCCAUAAGUCAUCUCUCCAACCAUCCUCCGGCUCAGCUCAUCUCAACAGCCAUCAUGGGUGGUCGAGGCCGCCCAUCAAUCAGCAACCGGCAAUUGGGAAGCUAGCAAUGGAGGACUAUUAUCAUGUGGGACUGCCUGCCGGGUCGUCCCCAAAAGGUGGCGCCGCUCGUUUUGAUACCAGCCGGAGCUUAAAUUCUCCCUCCGAUGGGGCAAUUGGUGGUUGUUGGUGGCCGGGUAGUGGUCGUUGCAAGAGUAAUCAAGAAGAGUUGCAGAAGCUUGACUUGUCCCUCAAGCUCUAAGCAGUUUUUUCCUCUUUUUUUUCUUAAUUGUUUCUUAUUGUUGAUACUUCUGUGUUUGAUUUUGCUAUUUUGAGUAAGAAUAUCGUGUACAUUUUAAUAAUGAAAGACUAGCAUUUCGUUUUUCCCCAUUUUUGAAUUUUGGAGAAGUCUUCCAAUUAUAGAUAGAUAGGUAGAUAGUUUUUCUGUGUAUUUCCUUUUUUCUCUUUUUUGGCUGUCUGUGUAUCUGUGUGAGUGUCAGAUAGAUAUUGUUUAGAACAUAGAACUUAAUUGAAAUAACUUUGCUACAGUGAUGUAGCUAA